CCCAUAACACAUAGGUUAACUUGUGUGUUGCUUUCAUUUGAGAGUCAUUAUAACAACACAUAAAUUUCAUUAGUUUCACGUUUAAUAAGUAUAGAGAUUUUUCAAUGUCGCGCUCAACGUGUUUUGUUUCUUGUCUAGUUUAUUGCUUGAUCUUGAUUGCUGGAGUUCAAGCAUGGAGCAAAGAGGGUCACACCAUCACUUGCAAAAUCGCUCAGGAUCUGUUGGAACCAGAGGCACUAGAUGCAGUGAAGAAAUUAUUACCAGACAAUUUAAAUGGUAAUUUAUCGGCGUUAUGUGUGUGGCCAGACCAAGUGAGGCAUUGGUACAAAUACCGCUGGACUAGCCCUCUUCACUUCAUUGAUACUCCUGAUGAUUCUUGUUCUUUCAAUUAUAAACGGGAUUGUCAUGAUCAACAUGGUGUGGAGGAUAUGUGUGUUGCUGGUGCUAUUCAAAAUUACACAUCUCAACUUCAGCAUUACCGCGAAGGAACUGCUGAUCGACGAUAUAAUAUGACUGAGGCAUUGCUAUUUCUGUCACACUUUAUGGGAGAUAUUCAUCAGCCAAUGCAUUGCGCGCAUACCAGUGAUGAAGGAGGAAAUUCUAUUGAUUUACGUUGGUUUAGACAUAAAUCAAACCUCCAUCAUGUAUGGGACAGAGAGAUAAUUCUUACAGCCUUGAAAGAUUACUAUGACAACGACGUUGAUCUCUUACAACAAGACAUUGUAGGAAACUUCACUAAUGGAAUAUGGUCGGAUGAUGUCUCACAUUGGACAGAUUGCAACAGUCUUCAUACUUGUGUAACCAAGUAUGCAACUGAAAGCAUUAACAUAGCUUGUAAAUGGGGUUACAAAGAUGCUGAGCCUGGUGUAACUCUUUCAGAUGAAUACUUCAAUUCAAGGCUGCCUUUCGUGAUGAAACGUAUUGCACAAGGAGGGGUUCGAUUAGCCAUGAUUUUAAACAAGGUGUUCAACCAAGGUCAUGAAGCAAUGAUAGCAGCAACAUAAGAUCCACUUGCCUUAACCUUAUGAUGAUCGGCAAAAGAAAGAAAUUGCAACAAACUCAAUAGUCUUUGGCUAACUACAAGACUAGUUUCAUCCUCUUUUCCCCUUUUAUGUCUAGAUUUCAUAAUUCAUUGAUAUGUAAGUAUAAAAGUAGCAUCUAUUCUUUUACCAAAGCGUUGUACAAUAUUUAGAUUCAUAUAAUUUGUUAAAAAAAAAUUGUAAUUUAACUCUUUGCUAAACAGAUUGUUAUAUUACAUACUUCCUCUGUAAUAUGAUUUCAAUUAGCAAACAUUAGCGAACAUUAUAAUUUU